GCUCAGUUGAUAAAUUCGUCCAUUGCGACUGUUGUGAAAAUGGCUCCGGAUAAAAAGGACAAGAAGCGUAAGGCGGCCACUGCCACCGCUGCCGACUCGCCGGCGAAGAAGACCAAGAAGGUCGAAGCCAAAGCCACGGAGCAACCUGCCCAAGAUUCCCCGAAAUCUAUUCUGAAAAAGAACAAGUCCAAUGGCGCAGCCGCUGAGGCGAAGAAGUCUGCCGUGAAGCCCAAGGCUAAUGGGGACGCUCCCCGACCGAUCAAGCCUCGCAAGCGCGCAGCUGAUUUUCUUAGUGAUGAGGAGGAGGAGGAGGAUAGUGAGGCUGAGGUUGAAGUCGCUCCCGUGAAGAAGGUUGCAGAGAAGAACAGCAAGAGCAAGCCUACCAACAAGAAGUCUAAGAAGGAAGAUGGCACCGCUGCUCCGGCCCCCAAGGACAAGCCCGCAAAGUCCAAGAAGAAGGACCUGGCGGAGAAACUUGAGAUUAUUGCUAGCGACUCUGAAGACGAAGAGGUUCCUAUUCCGAGUGAUAGCGAAGGUGAAGAUGACGAGGAAGAUGACCAGACUGCUGCCCUGAUCCGAGGCUUCGAGAGCAGUGGCGACGAGGACGAGUCCGCGGACGAGGGUCUGGACCCCGAUGCUCCGGUUCCCAAGAUCCCCGACUCCAAGAAAGCCAAGCGCAAGAUCCUCAAGUUGCAGAAGCAGCAAAAGACCGAGACCAAUGAGCAACCUGGAACUGUUUAUGUUGGCCGUAUCCCCCACGGUUUCUAUGAACACCAGAUGCGCGCAUACUUCUCACAAUUUGGCGAGAUUACCCGCCUGCGUCUGUCUCGCAAUCGUCUUACUGGCCGCUCCAAGCACUACGCUUUCAUCGAAUUUGUCUCUACUUCCGUCGCCAAGAUCGUCGCCGCAACCAUGGACAACUACCUGAUGUACGGCCACAUCCUGAAGUGCAAGUACGUGCCUGUGGAGCAACUGCACCCGGAUCUCUGGAAGGGCGCCAACCGGCGCUUCAAGCGAACCCCCUGGAAUACGAUUGAGCGGAAGCGUCUGAACAAGGGUAAGACGCGCGAGCAAUGGUCCAAGAAUAUCGGCCAGGAACAGAGAAGACGAUUGGCCAAGGCUGAGAAGCUCAAGGAGCUAGGCUACGAGUUUGAGCUUCCUCAGCUCAAGAGCGUCAAGGAUGUCCCCGUUCAGGAGAAGAAGGCUAUUGAGGAGGGCGAGCAGGUUAAGGCCAUUGAGGAGGGUGAGCAGGUUAAGGCCAUCGAGGCGCCUGUGUCCGAGCCAGAGAAGAAAGCUGAUGAUACCCCGAAGAAAUCGAAGAAGGAAAAGAAGGCAGCGCAGUCCACUCCUGCAAAGGAUGAGGCACCUAAGAGCGUGAAGCCUUCCCCCAAGGCCGUUAAGGCAGUUGCUCCUUCCCCAGCUACCAAGGCUAAGAAGACCAAGUCGAAGGGCAAGACUAAGGCGUAA